AUGUCUCGUUCAGUGAUGCACGCCAUUCAUUCUUCCAUCAGGCGUGAGCGUCUUAAUGGGGUUUGGUAUUAUCUUCGAUCAAGGGGAAAAAGUUUUAUCGAGGGUCUCUUUGAUUCCAUAAAAAUUUGGAAAAAUGAAUUUAUCUGGUGGAAUGCUUCUUGCUUCCCUUAUCAAAACUACUUUCACCUUCCUGGAACAAUUGAUGACCAAAAAAGUAAGAGGACUAGUGACUUGGGCCAAGAUAUAGAUAAGAUUUCUCGUUUGAAUGUGAUGAUGAAGAAAUUACGUGAAGUCGUAUUGAGGCAAGUCGACAUGAGUCUAUAUUGGUUGCGUCUUGGUGUUGUUCCUACUUUAAUCAUCCAUGGUUCGGUCCAUUGUAAAAGAGGCAGAGACUAUGUUGCUUUGGUUGCCCUAGUGGAUGUUUUGGCUGUUGGUGAGGGUAGUAGUGGUAGGGUUCCCGAGAGGUCUCGUUCUCGAGAUCCUAAUGCUUUCCAUGAUUUUGCUAACAUCCUUAGUGCAAGUUUUCCUUUUUUGUGCAUCAUUGAAUUGAAUAUGAACAAUCCUCCUCGUGAUGCCAGUGUUCCUCACCCAUAUGGUCUAGAGGUUAUCUCGUGGAUUGAUGAAAAUGAUGCGUUACAUCUAGAGUGUUAUGGCCUUAGUGAUAAGUUUAAAAAGAUAAUUGAUCCUGUCAAAUCGUUUGUGGUUUUGUCCGGUGGUAAUUCCCAUAAUGUUGAGGAAGUUGUCCUGGAAAGUAAGUUAGAUGGUUAUGAGGAUGUUUUUGAGGCGAUUUCAACACUAAAGGCUACAGUAGCAUCUCUUGAGUUGCAGAAGAUUGAUAUGUUGGACAAGAUAGCCAUGCUGGAGCAUGCUGUUCGGAAGUUGAAAAGAGACUUGAGUGACUCCUCCCUCCGGAACAUAGAUUUGCAGAAGAUGGAGGAAGCAUUUUCUGCUUUGUUCUAUGUUGAUUACUUGCUUGAAUUUGGUUUCCCUUUAAUAGAUGUUGGGCAAUGCGUGUAUUGGUGGGUCGUCCUGGUGACGGUGAUGACUUUACUAGCAAUCAUGUUGGUGGUGCCAGUAUUGAGUUGUGUUGCGUUGUUUCUUCGUGAAAUGUGCCAUGAAUAUGAUGGUUUAGUUGUUAUCAUUUUUCAGAUGCCUAUUACUGGGUUAUUUAGGUCUUGUUGUAACUUGGACAUUGGUCUUUCUCGUCAUUAG